CUGUCAUUAAUCAAAUUGACAUUUCAGUGUUUCAGGAAGAAAAUUGUUGGAGUUCCAACCGCAAAUGCUAAUUACAAAAAUAAAUGUGUAAAUAAACCAUUACAUGCUUCGAUACGCGUGAGAAUUAACUGACAAAUAUGUUGUAAUACUAGCUUCAGGGACUCGCAGACAAUCAACUUUACAGAAGAUAUAUUUUCUUCAAACUGCAAUAAACAAGUCGUUUGAAUCUACCAUGAAAUAAAGUAAGUCUUAAUAUAAGAAACCGUUAUUUAACGAUAAAAUUAAAUUAGAAAUGUGAACAUAAAGAUAACAACUCAAUGUUUCGCCAUUGUAAAGUAGUCGACUUCCGAAAUAUUGAUGAAGCAAAAAGUCAGCAAUUAAAAUGCAUUAUAGCAAAUGAAAUGAUCAAACAUGAACAUGAGAUCUAAGAAUUUAUUGUACUGCCUAUUUUUUCGGCCAUGGCUGGGCGUACCCUUUGGGAUCGGUAUAGCUGUCUCUAUAGUAUAUUAUUGGUGGCUUAUAUCCAGGAUCAGUAUAUUGGAAUCACAGAAUAAAGUGUUCAAGACACAGUUACGGCUGUCACAGAGCGUUAUGAAACAAAUGUCGGUUGAUUCCGUAUCUAAUUAUGAAGUUCCUGUGAUACCCGAUGCAGUGGGAACGCUUUGUGAAACGGUGCACAUAGCAUUAGUAUGUAUGGGGAAGUGUACGAGGCAGAUCACGCCGAUGAUCAAAUCUUUGAUGCACCACCGACAGAACCCGAUACAUUUCCACUUCGUUGUAGAUAGCAGAUCUCAUGUUACCAUUAAUAAACUUUUUGACACUUGGGACUUGCCCGAUGUAAAAUACUCAUGCUACAAUGCAGAGGAGCAUCUAACACAGGUACAAUGGGUGCCAAACAGUCACUACUCCGGGGUAUACGCACUAGUCAAACUGUUGUUCCCAGAUAUCUUGCCGGACACACUGAGUCAGGCCAUUGUGUUGGACUCGGACUUAACCUUCUUGUGUGAUGUGGCCGAACUGUGGGCUUUGUUUAGAAAUAUGACUGAUGAACAGUUUAUAGGCCUAGUAGAAAACGAAAGCAGUUGGUACCUCAACAAAGCGAAACGCUGGCCAGCCCUAGGACGAGGGUACAACACAGGAGUCAUGUUACUGGACCUUAAAAAGAUCAGAACUACUACCGAUUGGACCAGACUAUGGCAUGAUGCAGUAAGAGAUAACAUUGGUAGACUGAAACAAACUACUUUAGCUGAUCAAGAUGUUAUAAAUGCUAUAAUUAAAAGUCAGCCUCGGUUUGUGUAUAAUAUGAGCUGUCAGUACAAUGUUCAGAUGUCUACGCAGACGUUAGCUAAGAAUUGUUAUGGGGAAGAUAGUAAUAAUGUUAAGGUAAUACAUUGGAACUCGCCGCUGAAACAUAAUAUAAAUAUUCGCGACGCGAGUUAUUUUCGCGACAUACAUCGCUCCUACGUGAACUUUGAUGGUAAUCUGUUGCGGGAAAAGCUACACAGAUGCUCUUUUAUCGAACACGUUACCGUGAAAGCAAACCAAUCAGACCUUUGCAGCAGUUUCCGCGCCGCACAGAAAGUAAAGCUGCGCACACACUUGUACUUCACGGACUAUAGUCACGCGAACGCGGAUAGUUUUGACGUUACACUCGCGGUACAGCUGUCUAUGGACCGCCUACAGUUUCUGGAUAGACUGGGACAUUAUUGGGAAGGUCCCCUCAGUGUGGCGAUAUAUUUAGCCGACUGUGAAGUGGAUAAUCUUUGGAGGUUUAUAAAAGACUGGUCCGAUACUCUUAGAGAUAGGAAGAAUAUUGGGUAUCAUUUGGUGUUUAAACAUGAUAAGGUACACUACCCAGUGAACUACUUACGCAAUGUGGCUCUAGAGAACGUGAACACUCCGUACGUGUUCCUAAUGGACGUGGACUUCGUGCCCAUGGCGGGAUUGUACGACCAUCUGCGCAACGCCAUACAGCUCAUCAACCCUUACCCUCAGAAGAAGUGCCUAGUAGUAGCUGCCUUCGAAACCCAACGCUACCGUACAUCAAUGCCGCGCAACAAGGCAGCACUGCUCUCGCGCCUGCGCUCUGCGCCGGGCGACGUGCAGCCCUUCCGAGCGCGCGAGUGGCCGAAAGGACAUCGCGCUACUAACUAUACGAGAUGGGCUACUGCUACUGCGCCUUAUGAGGUGGAGUGGCAGUCAGACUACGAGCCGUAUCUAGUCGUUCAUAGAUCUGUGCCUAAAUACGAUACAAGGUUUUCCGGCUUUGGUUGGAACAAGGUAUCUCACAGCGUGGAGCUGCGAGCUCAGGGGUACCGCGCGGUGGUGCUGCCGGGCGCCUUCGUGCUGCACACGCCGCACGCGCCCUCGCAGGACAUCACCGCCUUCCGCGCGGACCCGCACUAUCGCGUUUGCCUAGCAUUACUCAAACAAGAAUUCAUGGAAGAUUUAAAAAGAAAGUACAAUGUGACAUUCGAAGAGCCGUCUAAACCGGAUCAAGUUUAUUUAGCUCAAGCAAAAAGCAUGAUAUACAACCAAGUGCCAGACCAAGAGGUAAACUGACUGUUGUAAUUAUUACACUAAACUGUGGUGUUGUUUAUUACCCCGUAAAAUAAGUAUUCAAUGCCCCAAAAUAUUUUUAAUAAGGUAUCUUAUAAUGUAAAGUUUGAACGUGGGACACUUCAGUGUAUAACUUUUGAGGGUAAAGGCUAGAGUUAAUGUACAACAUAAGUUGAUUUAAGAAAAUCAUUUUCUGUUAUUAGUGAACUUUAGCCUAAAUAAAAAGUUCUUCAGCUAGUUAAUGGAGAACAAAAUUACUAGCGGAGGUGCCGAAAAAUCUCCUAAAAAUAUAACAUAAACACAGAUUAUAAUAUAAAUUUAACCUAGAAGAAGGCGCCUGACCUACUUGCAUUAUAGCAUCUCUGUUACACUAUCCCUACUCCGUGGUUCAUAUAGCAGAUUUGUAGAUUCGAGAGUGUUAAAUAUUUUAUGUACUCUAUAAUAUUGUCAUAUUUUAAAGGCAUUUACUUCAGUCUGUGAUUAUAUACCCCAUAUCUGUGUUAUAUAUGUACGUUUAAUUGCUUAUUUAAUGUUAUUGAAUUUGAUUAAAACGUGUAUGCAAUUACAUUUUUAUAAGACUGCCCACAAGAGAAUGUUAAGUGCUACCGUUAGUUGAGCGGAUGGGUUAAAAUAAUAUAAGCUAAUAACAUUUGCGGGUAAUUAAUAACACCAACACUUUUAAAAAUAUAUUCACAUUAGUGAUGUUAUGAAAAGUCGAUUAAAAUAAACAAGCAAAGGUUUUUCUUUAAAAAACGCACAGUAUGUAUGUUGUAUGUCAGAAAUAUCGUAUUACGAUGAUUUGACGAUAAAUCGCCUAUUCUACAACGUGUAACGUUAAAUGCACAAAACUUUUAUCUUUCUGAACGAGUUCAAAUUCUGUUGAGCAAAUUCUGUGAGAAAAAAGUGAUUUUAAAAAAUUAAGGCCCAAUGUUUACCUACAACAUAAAAGUCGGUUUCCUUAAAAUAACUGUUUACUGUGUUUUUUAAUUAACAGUUUUUAUUUACUGUCGGUUAACUUGAGCCUAAAGGUUUUCUGAGCUGUCUAAUUUUGCUGGCAAUUCUGAUUAUUUCUUGCGUCUGUGACGAUGCGGAGACAUGAUAGCUUGACCUAUUAAUAAAUAGACAGGGCAAUAUAUUUACUGAAGAUUUUUUUUUAAAUAUAAUCUGUAUAAAAAAAUAUUUAAUUGAUUCUACUCAUUGUACGGAUCAACCUAUUUUCAGGUUUUUUGCUCAUUUAACGUUACACGUUGUAUAUGUUGUAAGUACAGCACUAUGAAUGUAUUAUGUAAAAAAAAAAGUUUGUAAUUUUUUACUAAAAUACUCUGUACCAUAGACUAUAAGUGAUUUUACGUAAAUAACUUGGAAUCUAUAAUGUACAGUUCAACAGGUUUUAAAAUAAUAGUUAUCUUGUAUUUAUGUAUGUAGAUACCACAUUUUUAUCAUAUUUAUGUUAUCCAAAUGUUGUAAAUAAUUAUUUUAAUGCGUACAGAACAUUAUAAACAAGUAUUUAGUUCUUAUAGAUCAUUAUUUAUAUCGAACCAGUAAAAAAUCGUAUUAUUCAAUUUUAAAAUUAUUUUGUAAAAUAAAUCGAUCGAGUACCCACAUUCUUUGCAAAAUAAACGAUUUGAUUUGACAAAACGCAAUAACGAUUUGAUAUCGCUACUUCGUAGAUUGGCCGACUCAUUCUUGAAAUAGCCAAAUAAAGAGAUUGCAUUUAAAACGAGAUUAGUCAGAAAUGGAAUAUAUGUAUUUUGUUUGAUUAUUUUUCCGACCCAAAUAUCGACCAAUAGAAUUGCACCAUUCGACGUCACGUGGUACAACCUACAUGGUAUUAUACUGAAAAUUUUUUGAAUAUUUUCUCUGGUCGUUGCUACGUCAAACUGACAGGUUGUGGCCGACAUUUGGGACGGAAAAAUAAUCUCCCGAAUACCACACGAGCUUCAUAAUUAUCUGGCAUUUCCCUCAAGGUUCCCUGCAAACAAAUAAAGUCGUCAAGUUUUUCAGGAAAAA